GUGUGGGCUUUAAUCUGGCCUUUUUCGGAUGAAUGGGACAAAGGAAAAAUUCCGCAGGGAGAUUAGAAGGACACCUGAGACGAAUACCCACCUGAUGACAUGGGCCACACCUCCCGGGUUCAACUGGAAGGGAGGAAGCAAACUGGUACAUUGAUGUGGUUCUAAACAACAACAGUGUGUGCUGGCCCGAGGGCACUUUGGGAUUGACCAAGAGGAAACACAUGUUGCACAAUGAUAUGAUCUUGCUGGUACAGUUGUCAGAGAAGGGAACUCCCACAGCAAAGGGCAUAAAACCAUCCAGGGCUGUCUGGGGCGGCUCAGUUCUGUGGAGCCAGGGAGCGGAGCAGAGCCCAGCCCAGCCCCAUACACAGAUGGGACCAUGAACUCCAGCCGCAGCGUUAGCCAAACCCCUUCAGCCGUUCUCCAUGGCCCCAGAGGUGCCAGGACCCGGCCCGGGAGCUUUCCCCGGGCCCCCAGCRUGCACGGUGGCGCGGGGGGUGCCCACAUCUCCCUUUCCUUCACCACACCAAGCUGCCUGCCUCCUGGAGGGUCUUGGGGGUCUGGCAAAGGUGGCUCCCUCCUAAGUGGAAAUGGGAAAGAGACCAUGCAGAACCUCAAUGACCGCCUGGCCUCCUACCUGGACAAGGUGCGCGCCCUGGAGGAGGCCAACAUGAAGCUGGAGAGUCGCAUCCUGCAGUGGCAUCAGCAGAGAGACCCUGACAGCCAGCAGGAUUACUCCCAAUACGAGGAAAACAUCAGCCACCUGCAGGAACAGAUAGUGGACGGCAAGAUGACCAAUGCUCAGAUGGUUGUUCUCAUCGACAAUGCCAGAAUGGCAGUGGAUGACUUCAGUCUCAAGUAUGAAAAUGAACACUCCUUUAAGAAAGACUUGGAAAUUGAAGUCGAGGGCCUCCGAAAGACCUUGGAUGAUCUGACCAUUGUCACAACAGACYUGGAACAGGAGGUGGAGGGAAUGAGGAAAGAGCUCAUCCUCAUGAAGAAGCACCAUGAACAGGAACUGAGGGAUCAUCAUGUGCCAAAUGACUUCAAUGUCAAUGUGAAGGUGAAUACAACUCCGGGAGAAGAUCUGAUCAAGGUCUUGGAGGAUAUGAGGCAGGAAUAUGAGCUUAUAAUAAAGAAGAAGCAUCAAGACUUGGAUACUUGGUUUAAAGAGCAGUCAACGGCCCUAUCCCAAGAGACAGCCAGUCCAGCUGCUGUGCAGGGCAGCCCAAGUGACAUCCACGAGCUGAGGCGCACUUUCCAGGCCCUAGAGAUUGACCUGCAGACACAGCACAACAGGAAAUCUGCUUUGGAAAACAUGUUGUCGGAGACCCAGUCUCGGUACUCCUGCCAGCUCCAGGACAUGCAGCAGAUCAUCUCCCACUAUGAGCAGGAGCUGAUGCAGCUACGCCAUGACCUAGAGCGUCAGAACAGUGAAUAYAAGGUGCUCCUGGGCAUCAAAACCCACCUGGAGAAGGAGAUUACCACCUACCGCCAGCUCCUGGAUGGGGAGAGCAACRGGAUGAUGGAAGAAUCRAAAUCCAGCAUGAAAGCAUCUACAGCUCCAAAGAUCAAGGCCAUCACCCAGGAGAGCAUCAAUGGAAGAAUAGUUCUUUCUCAAGUGAACGAGAUCCAAAAGCAUGAGUGA